AUGAGAUUGGGGAGGUCUUUUAGCCUCUCCAAAAACAGUGUGACUAAAUUAUUGCAUACAAAUGUAGACAGGCCCAAAACAGCAAUAUUAAUGUUAAAUAUGGGCGGUCCAGAAACAACCGAAGACGUGUUUCAUUUCCUUUUGCGGCUAUUUAAUGAUCGUGAGGUGAUUUGGCUGCCAUUUCAGAGAGCUUUUGCUUCAUGGGUUGCUCGUCGCCGUGCUCCCAUAGCACAAGAAAAGUAUAACGAAAUUGGUGGCGGUUCUCCACUUAUCCAAUGGGCCACCUGUCAGGGCAAAGGACUCGUUCGAGUGUUAGACAGAAUCAGUCCAGAAACCGGCCCCCAUAAGUACUAUCUUGGUAUGCGAUAUGUUCAUCCACUUACUGAAGAGGCAAUCAAUGAAAUUGAGGACGAUGGUGUGGAGCGUGUGGUGGCGUUCAGUCAGUUUCCACAGUACAGCUGUACCACUUCUGGCAGUAGCUUCAAUGCCAUCGCUGCACAUUAUAACGAACCUGUCAGCGGCGGUCUAGCAGGUAUUGACUCCAUACCACCUCCCAGGUCUCAGACUGGCGAGAUUCCCAAACCUCCCGGUACCAUUUGGUCAUUCCUCGAUCGGUGGCCCACUGCUAUGCCUGAAUUUGCGGAGGUGCUGGCCGAGAACAUCCGUCAUGAACUCUCUCAUCUGCCACCAACUUUUGACAAAGAGAAUACCAUUAUUCUCUUCAGCGCUCACUCUAUUCCAAUGUGGGUCGUAAAUCGCGGUGACCCCUACAUCCAGGCGACAACAGUUCACGCGGUGAUGGAGAAACUGAAUUUUGCGCUGCCCUACCGACUGGUGUGGCAAUCGAAGGUAGGUCCGGGGCGCUGGAUGGGACAGGACACGGCAAACGCUCUGCGAGGACUUGCGCGUCUCGGUCGGAAACAUGUUGUCAUCGUGCCCAUCGCCUUCACCUCUGAACACAUUGAAACCCUCCACGAGAUGGACAUUAAUUACUGCUCCGACUUGGCUAGGGAGGUUGGAAUGGCCAGCGUCCGACGAGCCUCUGCCCCUAAUGAUCAUCCCCUCUUCAUUCAGGGAAUGGCGAAUCUGGUGGCAAGACACUUGCGCAGUGGGGAGGUUGCUUCGCGACAGUUCUUCCUGCGCUGUCCAGGAUGCACAAACGACCGCUGUUCGAAGGUACGUCACUUCAUUGCAGGCGAGGCGGAGCGUCUCCGGGCGUGGACUCGAUCCCAGGCCUUCCAUGACGUCGCUACCACCAUCACUACCUAUAGAAAGGUUCUUUAG